CUGGAGAUUUAGUGAAUGAUCAAAUGUCAAGUAAUUUUGAUUGGGAUGGUGAUCAUAGCGAGAGUGAUAGUGAAAUGGAAUGGGAAGAUGACAAUGUCACUGAGAAUAAAAAAUCAAGUAACGACCCAUGUUCUAAUGAUCUUCAAAUUCUAUUUAAUGCUUCAAUGAUCAUCAAGAAUAAGAUAAAGAGCAAACCAGUAUUUGAAACCCCAUGGCCACCUCUUGCUGCAGAUAUCACAAAUGAAAAUGCAGAAAAAGUUGUCGAUCCUGCUCUCUUUAAUGUUCUUGCUUGGAUUUGUGGAUUUUCUGAUGAUCCUCAGCUUAAUAGUUAUGUCACUGUAACAGACAACCAGCAUUCGAAACUCAUGGCAGUAGCACAAGAUCUUCUGUUUGUUGCUUCCCAUGGACAAAAUCCAACACCAAAGAGCAUUGCAUUAGCUAUGGCAAUGAGACAACUUACUGGUUCCUCAAAUGUCUUGAAAUUACUAAACCAAUUUGGACAUUGCAUGUCACAUGAGUAUGUUCUGCGUCAUGAGACUGCCUUGGCACAAGUCAAUGUAUCCAGUGAAGGUACUUUACCACCUGGCUUUUGCAAAGAUAAAUUUACAACUCUUGCUUGGGAUAAUGACGACUUUUGCGAGGAGACAAAAACUGGAAAAGGAACGACUCAUGUUACUGGUGGCAUUAUUAUUCAGCGACAAAGUUGCGAAGUUGAAGAAGAAUCGGUAAGAGUAAGUAUUCCAAGGUCAUCAUCAAUGGAAUAUGUUCCAGAUGAAAUAACACCGUAUGCGCUGGGAAAGCGAGUUACAGUAAACCUUAAGGAUGCUCUUCAAGAAGUUUCAGUUGAUGAGUAUGUUUAUGUGCCAACACAGAAAGCAGCGAAUGCACUUGAUUUUUCAUUUGUUCUUUGCAGAAAUCUUCAAAAUGAGUGCCUUUUUCCAAACUGGACAGGUUUUAACAUAUUGCUUCAGUCCACAGAAAUCCCAAUUUUGUCAAAGAUAGGAUAUUUGCCGAUAAUAGAUGCACCUCCGACCGAAAUGUCAACAAUCAACGCUAUAAUGAAAAAGAGCACAGAAAUUGCAAACAA